UUGUACGUAAUUGCAACUAAGUUUUUUUUUUAUUUUUGUUUUUUGAAAGGGAAAAAGAAAAGUGGAAUUUUUCGUAAGCAAACAAAAUUUCUUACCGAUGUAGUUCUUGGAUAUUUGAGUCAUGUCUCACAAGACCAGUUACAUUCGGAUACAUGCCUCAGAAAAAGUUCUAAGAAUAAUCAGGAAAAAAUCAAUCAGGAUAUCUCACAAACGUCUUUUUGUGACACGGAUGAACUGACAUUACAAUUGUUUAAAGAUACCAUAAACGAUUUUGUUCACGUCGAUGAUGAUCUUGUUUGUCUAGUUCAAUGUCUUUUUCAAUCUAUUUCAUCGUUUUUACACAAAGCAUUCUCACUAAUACUACGCAAUCCAAAGAAGACUGACUACACUUUGCAUCAAUGUCUACGUUUAUGUAAUUAUUCUAUAAUGCUAGGAAACGCAUUUUAUCUUGUUGUCGAGUCUACACCUUUUUUUUCGGAACUUAUUUUUUCAAGUGGAUUGUCAACAAUUACUGGGUUAAAUUUUUUUUCUGAGUCCUUGUUGUCAGAAAAACAAAUUCAGUGUCUUGUUAAUCUUUUUAACAUAAUUACAACACACAAGUGUUACAAUGUGGCACAGAAUGAAUGGCGUCCUAUUUUGAAAAUUUUUAGUUUUCUGAACGCUUUGAUAAACACAGAUACCUCAUGGCUUCUAAAUAAGAAGUUGAAAGAAGAAAAGAAUUUCUCAACGGUUGAGAAACAGAAAACAAGUGAUAAUCCUAGCUCCGCUAAUACGCUGGCUAAUUGGGAUCAUUCGGAUUCUCAGCGAAUAACUGAAUGCGUUACUAGCAGUGCGAUAGUCAAAAAGAGGGACUUGGGAAAUACCUCAGCCUUAUCGUACGCAAGUGAAUCAUUAAAAAGUGUACUUGGUUUGGGGAAGACACCACGAGAAGAAAAUAGGAAAAAAAAUUCUGAUAUUAUUGAACCAAACAGUGAAGAAAUUGUUACUCCUGAAAUGUAUACAUUUCAAAUAAAUCAUGAACACUUGUCUGAAGUCUUAAGUGACGCUCAAAUAGAUUGUCUAUUCGUGCAUUCAGUCAAUUUUUCAUCAAUUUGUAUAGAAGAAUUCGUUUAUCAAUUAUGUGAUGUUGCUAUGGAGGAGCUCAAAUUAACUAAACCGCGAAUGUUUUGUUUACAAAAAAUUGUUGAGGUGGCUGAUUAUAAUGUUAACCGCAUUGGAAUAGUAAAAAAAAAGUUUUGGACAAUUCUUGUUAAUUUUUUCAGCAACAUUACUAAUGAAAUAUCAUUUUCUGAAAAAAUUGAAAUAGGAUUGUAUACUAUAGAUUCAUUACGACAACUAUUUUUGAAAGUCUUGGACCAAAAUUCUUGCGAAUUCAACGAGUUUCAAGAGGAAUUUCUAAAACCAUAUUUAUUACUGAUGCAAUGUACGACUGUCACAAAAGAUAUGAAGUUUUUUAUUAUUGAAGUUCUCACACGAAUUGUUCAGACUCGAGCGCAUCAAUUAAAGUCUGGCUGGCGUACUAUUUUACAUACGUUAGAGGCUAUACCGACUGUUGAAGGGAAAGACAUGGCUUUGUGCAAUGAAGCAUUUAAUUUACUUCUUACGCUUUUAAAAACGAAUUUCGCCGAUAUUUUGUUAAAAAAUAUGAAAGAAGUUUUAAAUACUUUUAGCGUCUAUAAUCGACAUUGCCAUCAUUUGUGUAGUUUAAACACAAAUAAAGGAGUGACAAUCUCAUAUAAAGUACUUGAAUAUCUUGAAUGGCUGGCAAUAAUGUUUUCGGGUGAAACCUACACUAACUAUUGUCAUUACGUGAAAGUAACUCCUGACGAGGAUAUACGAACAUUUGAGCUUGAUGUAUUCCAUACAAUUGCUAAGCGAAUGAAAGAAACUAGUGAUACUAAUGAUUUUACUGAAUCAUCGUGUUUGAAUAAACCCCAUGCAACAAAAACAGGGCAUGUUCAGUUUCUGAAUUUAUCUUCUGACACAAAUCAGUCUAAUGUACAAGUGUUUAUAAAGAAACUUUUUGAAUUACACUGUCUACGUCUAGCGCAAACGUCUGUGACAUUGACUUCUACACCGAACCAUCCCUACUUUGAAAUAACCCAAUUUGAAGUCGGAAUGGAACAUUCGGACGAUUUACUUGUGAAAAGUCAACAACACCAUAAUCCCUAUUUGUUUUCUACAUUGUCUUGUAUUUCACGCCUUGCAACAAUAUCGGUACCCGAACAUUUGGAUCUGUACGAAAAUGCUUUGGAAACUUUAUUUCGCCUGUUAAACUAUUUUGCUCAUGUUUUUCAAUAUGGGGACAUGUGGAAAAUGUGUAUACGUGGAAUUCUUUUUCCUUAUGUAGAUGACUUAUUACUUUGCUUACAACAUUAUAAAUUAUCAUCUACUAACCAAUUGAAAGAAGCCGCUUUAGUUGGUGUUGAUAACGAUAUUCCCUCCACGAAGAUUUCAUCUAAUCUUUUAUUGGAGGUUGAGUAUGAUAUUAAUAAUGCAUUAGAAAGAAGUUUGCCUUAUAAACUGUAUAUUUUAUGUUUGCAACACGUUUUUGAUUUAUUUAAGCGUCAAUUUCACUUCGUUACAAAAUGUUUGCCUGACGUAUUCUCCUUAUUAAAUACUUGUGUUCGAGGGUCACAUCCAGAAAACGUAUCAAAAUUUGCUCUAAUCAUAUUUGGAAAGAUUGUGGAUGAAACUGCUUCUUUUUGUACAGAGCAUGAAUGGAAUUGUAUUGCCGUGGCAUUUGAGAAUUUUUUUUCCAAUGUUGCAACGCAAGAACUACAAAAACCUUCUGAUUAUUCACUUUUGGUUGAUCCGCUUAUUUCACCCUUGCCUUCUAAUCAUAAAUUCAACAACAACGUUCAUGUGGUUUCCUCAAUAAAAAGUGAAGAAAAGACAAACCUCAAAUCCCUAAAUUCUUCUGAUCCAAUUAACGUAUCUUCUCCCAUUAUACAAUUUGUUCCAGAUGAAAUUAUAAGAAAUUGUGUGACACGUCUCAGUUUAAUCGAUCUCCUUAGUACACUUGUUCAAUCUCACGUAUCUUCUAUGGAUUAUUCAUGCAUUGAAAGAUUCGUCCUCCUACUCAUCAGUGCUUUUGAGUUUGCUCGUGACUUUAAUUCUCAUAUUAAUUGGCGACAUUAUUUAAAAGUCAAACGUAUAUUCCAGAAUUCUAACCAGCUUCCUGGUUUAUUGAAACAGGAAUGUGAAGCAUUGAAAAAUUCUUUCGUCAUUCUUUUUACGUUUCUAAAUAACAGCGAUGUCGAUCAUUCGCAAAUCAAGCAAGCUUCUACUCAACUUUUAUCGCUACUAGAGAACGUAGUAAUUGAUGUUGUCAAAAAAUGUCAGUCAUUUCAAGCACCUAUAAUGGACCCCACUUUCGAGUCGACAAUUUCUUCAAUAGAUUAUUAUAAAAUUUAUUGCAGUGAAACUGAACAAGAAGUAGCAUUCAUUACCAAUAUUUUAUUGUCUGUUGUUUUUGAUAGUCUACGAAACCUACCUACCUACAUACUUGAAAUGAAUGCUAAACGACUCUUUGUAUGCCUUUUAUACCUUAUUCCUUAUGCCUCACAGAUUUUACGAAACAGUGUUGUAAUGAUUCUGCUUGACUGUAUUUUACCAUGUCUCAAAGGUGAUUCUAAUUUUUCAAGUGAUACGGAAUUGAUUUCAUUGGUUUCAAGCUUGAAAAUUUUGUGUGGUGAAAAUAAAGUUUCUAGUAUGGAGGUUUCUAUGAUUCCCCCACCCCCUCCUCCUAGUGCUCUUUAAAACAGUUUUAAUAUUUAAAAAAAUAUAAAUAUCUUUAACAAACUAUGUGACAACUGUUUUUUUUUUUCAAUGAUUUAAAAAAAAAAUGUGUUUUGUUGUCUAUAAUUAUUUUUCUUUCAAUUGCACCAGUAAUGUUAUUUUUUUGUUCAGAACACCAAUCAAAAAUUUUUUUCUUUUAAA